UUCUUGACUCAACUCCCAAAUUGGCAUCCAGCCCAUCAUCUAAGAUGAUUUUGACAGUCACAGCCAUCAUCUUUCCCCGGUUAGCUUGUCAACCAUGGACAAGAAGGUAGUGAAGCUGGUGCAUGCAGGCGAUGCCGAUCAGCUCGAUAAAACCCUACAAGUUAUAGAUAAGGAUGAAAAAUCUCGCCUCUUGAGUACCAUCUACACACAUGGCGACUCGAUCGCCCACUUCGCGGCCAGGGAGCAUCAACUUGAGAUCCUUAAGGUUCUCGCUCGGCAUCAGUGUCCAUUUGAAAUCUCGAAUGAAAACGGUCGACAACCACUUCACGAAGCAAUUGGUUCUCAGCCAUGCAUCGAGUUUCUUGUUUCGGAAUGUCAAGUCGAUGUAAACGCCAUGAAACGUGGAGACUGGACGGCAAUUAUGAUUGCAGCUAUGAAAGGAUUGACUGAUACUGUCAAGAUUCUUUUGCAUUAUGGAGCACGGCUCGAUAUGGUUAACCGAGACGGAUGGAAUGCACUCCACUUGGCGGUGAAAGAAGAGUUCAAUGAUUUAAGCACUUAUUUAAUUGACAAGUACCCAGAGGCAAGUCUGGCAGUAUCCAAAUCUGGAAGGCUACCCGUGCAAACAGCAGCACGUUGCAACGAGGAUAGUUACCUGACAUUGUACCUUUUGACCCACUCGCCUCAUGGUCCGAAAGCUAUUUUAAACUACCAAGAUAAUUCCGGACAAAACUUGUUGCAAGAUGCAGUAGCUGCUAAAAAUAAUCAACUUGUGCGGACGCUUAUACAGGACUAUGGAGCCGAUGCUAACGUGCCAGACAAGCUGGGCAGAACAGCCAUCCACCACGCAGCGAUGAUCGGGUGCAUCGACAUCAUGGUGGUUUUGCGUGAUCUAGAACGACGACAUGGAACAGAGAUAGAUUGGGACAGGGCGGAUAGCUGGGAUGAAUGGACGCCUCUUAUGCACGCAGCGAGGGAGGGCCACAGUGAGACUAGCAAAUUCCUGAUAGAGGAAUGCGGAGCUGAUUGUUCAAAACAAGAUAAACAAGGACGUACACCUGGGGAUAUUGCGGUGGAACCAUGAACUAUGAGAAUGGAAGUUGUGGAUUUCCGGUGCAUUACCUAUGUCGCGCGCUAUUUCAUUUUCACUCUAACACCGGAACAAAUCAGACAUACAUUGUCAGUAUUGCAAUUCGGUUGACCUGCAUCCAUUUUGUAUAGAAUUGACAACAUUUAUCAAUAUAUGGGCAUAAAUAAAGUCCCUGAUCACC